AUGCUGGCUGGCAUCACAACCUUGAGAACGCCAGGUCUUUGGCCCAAACGGACCGGUGACCUGGAAGUUGGGUCAAGGUUUGGCCCUUCCGACAAGUCGUGGAUAGUUUGGAAGCCCGAGGAUGGGUACCCCACAAGGGGUAUCACACUCGAGAGGCUCUUUGCCCGCCUGCAGCGCAAGCGCGGAAAGUUAGACGAAGAAGUCGAGUUUCAACGGGAGGCACCCGUCUCCCCGGACUACCCGGAAGUGAAGAUCUUUUGGGCGGAAAACUGGGCUGGAAGGUCCAGCGAAGUCACCAUGGACCGAGUAAGGGGUACAGAAAAGAUUUUGAGAGAGGAAGCCCAUCGCCUCGGUUUUCAGGUCGUUAUUGUUCGCUCCGGCGUCCAUAACGAAACCAAUCAGUAUGCCGAGGACGGCACCGUUCUUACUUAUGUCGACCAGAGGACCGGAAGAACCCGAAACCUAGUAGCCGAGGACGAUCCUCACAUGACGAUCUACCUGGGUUAUGAUCUUGACCACAUCGUCGUGCAAGGGCACGUUUACAUUGUCUGGGAUACCAAAGCCUCGUUCAAUAUGCGCAUCGUCCGAAAUGCGUCUGAUCGGAAAAUUGUCCAACCAUGGCGGCAACCUGUCGCUUCAGAGUAUUGGUAUCUCUAG